CUUGUCCAUAAAAGAAGUUUCAUACCCUGCGACUAUCAACUGGAACUUGUCUCAGAAUACCUACUACGAACGAUUGUAUUUAUGAAAGAGCAACCACCUGCCCGAUGGAUUCCACAGAAUCACUACAGGCUCAAAAUAUGACGGACGGGUUUUCGGUCAUGCCCGCAGUCUCCCAGAGUCUCACAGUGGAUCUGAAAGGAAGAUUGCAGGCACACUUAGACGGUUUGAAGAAAGACAAAAUUGGCGACAGAUUUCGUUUCAUUCCAAGAAAGCUUCUCAGGCAGCUUUUCACGUUGGAGAACCUCACUGCCUACCUGAAACGCUACCUGCCCGACGUCGCCGAACAUAAGGAGUUAGCGAGCUAUAUCAAAGAUGCUGCUCAACAGACAUUCGCUAUCCUUUUGCUCAUCGACGAACCGAUGCGUAUACAUGCGCUGAAAGAGGAGUGUUCCAAAGCCAGUACUGCAGAAAGCGGCAUGAAAGAGACUGGUAUCGAUGAAGUACUUUUCAUGGGCCAGAAUGGCGGGGCAAGAUCCUACUGCUCUAAGCAAAAGCUAGAACAAAACCCGCAACUCGGAGAUAUAGCGGAAAAAUUCGAUGCAACACAAUAUCUAUUCCCACCAUUUCUAUCCACGGCAGAUACACCCGAAUAUGAUCCAAUGCGUUUCGUGUUUCCCGCUGAGGGCCCGGUCAAGCGCCGAAUUGGAGGAGGCUCGUUUGGAGUUGUCUGGGAAAUGAAUAUUGAAAAUGACUACAUCGAGUAUUCCGAGGACGACCCCAGUACCGUUGUCGCGUGUAAAAUCCUCAAAACUUCCAUAGAGCGUCCUGAUUGGGAAAUGCUCAAGAGAGAAGUCAAUGUUGUCAAAGCACGCCAACACCCUCACGUCACUCCAAUAUACGCAAGCUUCAUGGCAUGUCGACCCAUUCACAAAGACAGAGAUGAUAAGCAGCGUCUUCACAUCAUGAUGCCCCGGGCUAGAAUGGAUAUGAGAACCUGGAUGAAAGAAAAGCCUUGUGACAAUGAAUUCUCUCCCGAAGAUUUCAAAGAGCAUAUAUGGAUCACAAUUUCAGGACUCAUCUCUGCUCUUACAUACAUCCACCGCGAGAUAGGGGGCGAGGUUGGAUAUCACGGUGACAUCAAACCACCAAAUAUUUUACUAUUCAAGGAGUCGCGUGGAUAUGUCUGGAAACUCUCUGACUUUGGGUCUGCUAAUCUAAAGCCAUCUGAAGACACUGCUACAACGACUAUCCAAGCUAGUCCUCAAUGGGCGCCAGAAGAGUUUCAAGACGGACAAAAGCAUGGAAGGCUUGGUGAUAUAUGGUCCCUAGGAUGCGUCUUCUUUCAUUUGGUGAUCAUGCUACUAUAUGGAUGGGAUGAAGAGGGCUUGAAGAAAUUUGAGAAGCAGGUGGGUGGGGAGGCAUUCCACAAGAACAAACAGUUACUCCGAAGGUGGAUACAACAUCUUGAAAAAGAGGCUCAGAAGCAGAAUGAGACUCAGAAACAAGACAUGAAGGUUGAAAAGCUUCUUCUCCUAGUUCAGGACAUGUUGAGAGCCCAGAGGUUGAGACCCUUCUCCUGGGAGAUCGAUGUUGGCAUUUACUGCAUCAGGAACCCAACGGCGAAAGACGAUGAUAUUGAGCAGCGCCUGAAAUCUGUCAUCCAGCGGCCAAGAUAUAAUGACCGUGAGAUAAACCAUAAACCAAUGGAGAGAGCCAAGAGGCUCGGACGUCAGCGACAGUAUUUACAAUUUCUGCGCGAGCGAGGGUGGUCAGAAGAUCAGAGUUCUGCAAGACAGCAGAUCACCGCGGCCAACACUAUUAGUCCAUUUCAGGUGCCAAAGUCUGAAAUUCCUCCAAGACUGGAUCUAAUCACGAGAAUGACGCAAGCUUUGGAUCAGAACAGGAUGUUGGUGUUGCACGGGCUCCGUGGCAUUGGAACACACUAGCGCAACAGUAUUACCUUGAAAAGCUUGAACAGGAUGGUGUCAAAUUCAUCACAGUCAACGCAAAAAGUGAACUAUCGAUCAAGGAAUCUUACGAUACUAUUG